AUGGCUCUAAACCUCCCCCCGAUGGGAGGCGGCGGAGGCGCCCAUACCCAGCCUUCGUUGCCAUCGCUGCCAGCCCAUCUUCAAUCCGACACUCACCUGACCGCACACCUGGCCAGUCGUUUCCAUGUGUCCAUUCCCACCGCCCGCCUCUCGUCCCAUGCCCUCGUUUCCCUCAACACCUAUACAUCUUCGUCCAAGGGCUUGGAUGGGGGCAAGGAAGGCAGCGCCAUGGCUGGCGCCGAAGACAUGGCCGAGAGGGCCUUCCUGCGAUUAGGACACCGUUCAGAAAACCAGGCCGUCAUCUUCUUGGGUGAAUCUGGCUCUGGAAAGACAACCAUUCGAUCACAUCUCCUGACGUCGCUCCUGAACAAGUCCUCGACGCCGCUAUCCACCAAGGUCUCUCUGGGCGCCUACGUUUUUGAUUCUCUGACCACGACGAAGACGGCAACGACACCGACCGCUUCGAAGGCUGGUCUCUUUUACGAACUUCAAUACGACACUGCGUCGACCACAAACCCCUUGUUGAUCGGUGGAAAGUUACUGGACCAUCGGUUGGAGAGAAGCAGAAUAGCAGAUGUACCCACAGGAGAGCGUAACUUCCAUGUGCUCUACUACCUGCUCGCGGGAACCAGCGAGGCUGAGAAGACUCAUCUGGGCAUUGAUACGCCCAAGGAUGACGCCGGACAGAGACGCUGGAAAUAUUUGGGUCAUCCUACGCAGCUCAAGGUCGGAAUGAACGAUGCCGAAGGUUUCCAGUUGUUCAAGACCGCCCUGCGAAAGCUCGAGUUUCCUCGAGGUGAGAUCGCCGAGAUUUGCCAAAUCCUGGCUUGCAUUCUUCAUAUCGGGCAGCUGGAAUUCGAGACCACUUCCCAAACGUUGUCUACUGGAGAUGAUAGCGGUGGGUUCUCUCACGAAGGCGGCCAGACCAUCACGGCUGCCAAGAACAAGGAUGUACUGGGUAUAAUCGCCGCCUUCUUGGGGGUCAGCUCGCAAGACCUUCAGACCACAAUGGGUUACAAGACGAAGAUGAUCCACCGCGAGAGGGUCACCGUCAUGCUGGAUCCCAAAGGAGCUCGCGCCAAUGCCGAUGAACUAGCAAGAACAUUAUACUCGCUUCUCGUGGCGUACAUGAUCGAAAACAUCAACCAGAAGAUAUGUGCUCCGGAAGAGUCCAUUGCCAACACCAUCAACAUCAUCGACUUUCCCGGUUUCUCACAGCAGUCUUCGACCGGGUCCGCUCUUGACCAACUCCUCAAUAACGCUGCCACUGAAACUCUGUAUAACAUGACAUUGCAGAACUUCUUUGACCGAAAAGCUGAUCUGUUGGACAAUGAAGAAGUUGCUGUCCCUGCUACCAGCUACUUCGACAAUUCCGACGCUGUGAAGGGGUUGUUGAAGCCCGGCAAUGGUUUGCUCAGCAUCCUCGACGAUCAGACUCGGCGCCAUCGAAGCGAUCCACAGCUUUUGGAGAGCCUGAGGAAGCGGUUCGAAGGCAAGAACCCUGCCAUUAAUGUUGGUUCGGCAACAGCCCGACUUCCCGGCAGUAACUUCUUGUCUGAGAACACGGCAGCCACCUUCACCGUCAAGCACUUCGCUGGCGAGGUCGACUAUCCCACGAAGGGGCUUGUGGAGGAGAAUGGCGAGGUCAUAUCAGGUGAUCUCAUGAACCUGAUCAACUCCAGCAAGAGCGAAUUCGUCACGCGCCUUUUCGGUCAAGAAGCCCUGCAGGCUGUCAUGCACCCGCAAGAGAAAACUACCGUGAUGCAAGCUUCCGUCAGCUCGAAGCCUAUGAGAGCACCCAGUGUAAUGUCGAGAAAGAACGGACGCACGGCUCGCUCCCGAAGGCCCCGUCACCAAGAAUCUGUUGAUGACUUUGCUAGUGAUGCUGGAGACCUGCAUGAAAAGGGCCGCUCAUCAGAUGAACCCAGGAAGAGCUCGCGUCAAUCUGAGCAGGGCGCAUCCGGCCAGUUCUUGUCUGCCUUGGAGAAUGUCAAGCAAGCGAUCACUGCCCCCAACACCAACAAUUAUUUCGUUUUCUGUCUGAAACCCAACGACAGACGGAUCGCGAACCAAUUUGACAGUAAAUGCGUUCGAUCACAGGUGCAAACCUUUGGUAUUGCAGAGAUAAGUCAACGAUUGAGAUCAGCCGACUUCAGUCUGUUCCUGCCAUUUGGCGAGUUUCUAGGUCUUGCGGAUGCUGAAGCACUCAUCGUUGGAAGCGAGCGAGAGAAAGCCGAAGCCCUUAUCCAGAGCAAACAGUGGCCAUCCAACGAGGUUCAUAUCGGCUCCACGGGUGUCUUCCUGAGUGAGCGGUGUUGGAUGGAGAUCUCCUCGCUAGGUGCUGGUACCUCAAUAUCUGGACGGUACAACUCGGACGUUGGGGACGGCCUCACGCCCGCUGGCGAGAACCCCUUCGCUUCUAGAGAGCACCUCAGUUCACUUGGCAACACUCCUCAGUACAGCGACAAAGCCCGAUUGGGGUAUUUCGGUGCUGGGGAUGCUGAUGCACGCUCUGAAGCCGGGGUCUCCGCCUUUGGUGCUGGUGAUAUGUUCAAAAAUCUCGACACUCGGGAACAAAUGGCCGAGCGUGGAAACGAAAAAUCACUAGUCGAGGUCGAGGAAUACCGGGACAGUUCGAGCCGCAAACGUUGGGUUUUUAUCACAAUGCUCCUGACUUGGUUCGUUCCCGACUUCUUGAUCCGGUGGUUGGGCCGCAUGCCUCGCAAGGAUAUACGACAGGCCUGGCGGGAGAAGCUGGCCAUCAAUUUCAUCAUCUGGUUUUUUUGUCUGUUCGCGGCCUUCUUCAUCGUAGGCUUUCCAAUGGUCAUAUGUCCCAAACAAUACGUCUUCAGUUCAGCGGAGCUGACAUCCUACAAUGGCAAAGACGGAGCUUCGUCCUAUGCCUCAAUUCGCGGCCAGGUCUUCGACAUUGGAGAGUUUGCUUCUGUCCAUUACCCACCGUACUUGCCCACCAAGUCAAUUACGCAGUAUGCCGGGCUGGAUAUCACGGCCUUGUUCCCCGUCCAGGUAUCGGCUCUCUGCCAGGGCAAGAACGGGCAGGUCGAUCCCGCCGUCACGCUGGACUACAAGUCGACAAACGUCACUGGUUCGGCCAGUGUUGUCAGCAGCCAGGAUACCAACUCUGUCUACCACGACUUCCGCUACUUCACCACGAAGCCUCAGCCUGAUUGGUUCUAUGAGAAGAUGGAGGAACUCAAGAGCAGCUGGAAGAAGGGAAACGUAGGAUACUCGCCAGAAUAUGUCGCCACCCUCGGCGACAAGAAGAACCAGAUCGCUAUUCUCAAUGGUCGUGUCUACGACAUGACCAAGUACAACCUUGGCGGCCGCCAUGUCCGUACCCCCGAGGGUGUAGCUGAACCGACUGACCCCGACGUCACAAACUUCAUGGAUGAUCUCGUUGUGAACCUCUUCACCAUGAAGGCUGGGUCGGACGUGACCAAGCUGUGGAAUGCUCUUGCCAUGGACUCUGGCCUGCGCCAGCGUAUGCAACUCUGUCUGGACAAUCUCUUCUAUGUUGGCGACGUCGACACGCGCAACUCGGUGAGGUGUCAGUUCUCUCAAUACCUCAUUCUUGCCGUCUCUAUCAUCCUUGUCACCAUCAUCGGUGUCAAGUUCCUUGCUGCUCUUCAGUUUGGAGGCAAGAAUGUUCCGGAGAACAUCGACAAGUUCAUCAUGUGUCAGAUCCCAGCGUAUACCGAGGACGAGGAUUCCCUUCGCCGUGCCAUUGACUCAGCCGCCCGAAUGCGAUAUGACGACAAGCGCAAACUGCUCGUCAUUAUCUGUGAUGGUAUGAUCAUCGGACAGGGUAACGAUCGACCAACGCCACGCAUUGUUCUUGAUAUUCUCGGUGUAUCAGAGACUGUUGACCCCGAGCCGCUCAGCUUCGAAUCUCUGGGUGAGGGUCUCAAGCAACACAACAUGGGCAAGGUCUACUCCGGUCUGUACGAGGUUCAAGGUCACAUCGUCCCCUUCAUGGUCGUGGUCAAGGUCGGUAAGCCGUCUGAAGUCUCCCGUCCUGGCAACCGUGGCAAGCGAGAUUCCCAGAUGGUCACCAUGCGCUUCCUCAACCGUGUACACUACAACCUGGCUAUGAGUCCCCUCGAGCUGGAAAUGUAUCACCAAAUCCGGAACAUCAUUGGUGUCAAUCCGACCUUCUACGAAUUUAUGCUGCAGAUCGACGCUGACACGGUCGUUGCUGCGGACUCGGCCACACGCAUGGUCUCUGCGUUCAUCGACGACACGCGGCUGAUCGCCUGCUGUGGUGAGACAGCCUUGACCAACUCCAAGUCUUCGUUCAUUACCAUGAUUCAGGUGUACGAGUACUACAUCUCGCACAACCUGGUCAAGGCUUUCGAGAGCUUGUUUGGUAGUGUCACCUGUUUACCCGGAUGUUUCUCCAUGUACCGUCUUCGCGCCGCCGACUCGGGCAAGCCGCUCUUCGUCAGUCGUGAGAUUGUGGACGACUACUCGACCAUUCGUGUCGACACCUUGCACAUGAAGAACUUGCUCCACUUGGGAGAGGAUCGUUACCUGACGACACUCCUCCUCAAGUACCACAACAAGUACAAGACGAAAUAUCUGUUCCGUGCUCAUGCGUUCACCAUCGCACCAGAUACGUGGGCCGUGUUCAUGUCGCAGCGUCGUCGAUGGAUCAACUCUACAGUACACAACCUCAUCGAACUCGUCCCGAUGGAGCAGCUCUGCGGUUUCUGCUGCUUCAGCAUGCGCUUCAUUGUGUUCGUCGACUUGUUGUCGACUGUCGUGCAACCCGUCGUGAUUGCGUACAUCAUAUACCUCAUCGUGCUCGUCAGCACAGCAGCCACAGUGGUACCAGUCACGUCUUUCAUCAUGCUUGGUGCCAUUUAUGGGCUCCAGGCCAUCAUCUUCAUCGUGCGUAGGAAGUGGGAGAUGGUGGGCUGGAUGAUCCUGUAUAUCAUAGCCAUUCCCGUCUUCUCCUUCGGCCUGCCUCUUUACUCUUUCUGGCACAUGGACGACUUCAACUGGGGCAACACCCGUGUGGUUGCCGGCGAGAGGGGCAAGAAGGUUGUUGUCUCGGACGAGGGCAAGUUUGAUCCUGCAUCGAUACCGCGCAAGAAGUGGGAGGAGUACCAGACCGAGCUGUGGGAUGCUCAAACUUCCAAAGAGGAUACCCACUCUGAGAUAAGCGGCUACAGUUACGCGACGAAGCCGGGCAUGAACGUCGCCGUAUCCGAGUACUACUCGCCAUCACGUGCCGGCUCAACUGUUGGCGUUGUUCCGCCGUAUGACACCACGGGACCUGGCAACUUCAGCCGUAUGUCAUUCGCUCCCACCGAGAACAGGAUGAGCCAGUUUGGCGGAUCCCAGUUCUUCGGAAACCAGGGAGAGGUCGAGAUGACUAGCCUGACGGGCAUGCCCAGCGACGACGCCCUGCUUGCCGAGAUCCGUGAGAUCUUGCGGACAGCUGAUUUGAUGACCGUCACUAAGAAGGGUAUCAAGCAAGAGUUGGAGAGACGGUUCAACGUGCCUCUUGACUCGAGGCGGGCAUACAUCAAUAACGCAACCGAAGCGCUGUUGUCGGGUCAGUUGUGA